AUGGUCGUUGCUACCAAUCUCGGUUUCCCCUACGUCGGUGCUAAACGUGAGCUCAAGAAGCUUAUUGAAUCUUACUGGUCUGGUAAGAUCUCUGAAGCCGACCUCAAGUCCGGUUACGAAAAGAUCCAAGCCGACCACUGGAAGUUGCAAAAGGAACAAGGCUUAGAACACAUUCCCUCUGGUGAAUACACUCUCUAUGACCGUGUUCUCGAUACCGCUCAGCAAUUCGGUGCUAUUCCUCAACGCUACCAACACAUCAAGAACCCUCUCGAACAAUUCUUCGCCAUGGGUCGUGGUCUUCAAAAGGCUGCCACCGAAACCACCGAAAAGGUCGACGUCCCCGCCAUGGAAAUGAAGAAGUGGUUCGACACCAACUACCAUUUCAUUGUCCCUGAAUUCGAACAGGACCAAACUUUCACUCUUCAGGCUCCUCGUGCCGUUGAACAGUUUAAGGCUGCCAAGGCUCUCGGUAUCCACACUCGUCCCGUCUUGGUCGGUCCCGUUACCUUUCUUCACCUCGGUAAGGCUGCCAAGAACGCUGGUGAAUUCGAUACCUUGUCUCUCCUUCCCAAGGUCUUGCCUCAGUACGUCGAACUCCUCAAGCAACUCGAAGCUGCCGGUGCCGACUGGGUCCAGAUUGACGAACCUAUCCUCAUUCUCGACUUAAAGGACAACGUCAAGGCUGCUUUGGAAACCGCUUACAAGACUCUCAAGGCCUCAACUUCUCUCAAGUUGUUGGUCGCUGCUUACUUUGGUCGCGUUGAAUCCAACAUCUUGUCCGUCAAGGAUCACGUCGAUGCCAUUCACUUGGACUUGGUGCGUGCUCCCGAGGAACUCGAUACCGUUUUGCCUUUGCUCACCAACAACCAAAUCUUGUCUCUUGGUCUCGUCGAUGGUCGCAACAUUUGGAUUAACAACCUUGCCAAGUCCUUGGAAUUGGCCGAAAAGGCCAUUGCUGCUCUCGGCAAGGACCGCGUCUUCAUUGCUCCUUCUUGCUCGCUCGCCCACUCUCCCUUCUCCACUUCGUUCGAAAAGAAGAUCCAAGAAAAGAACCCCGAACUUUUCAGUUGGUUGUCUUUCUCCGUUGAGAAGUGUGCCGAAAUCGUCACCAUUGCCAAGGCCUUGAACGAAGGUCGCCAAGCCGUCCAGGGUGCUUUGGAAAAGAACGCCGCCGCCGUCGAAAGCCGUCGUACUUCCCCUCAGACCACCAACCCCGCUGUCCGUGAACGUGUGGCUCAAACUCCCGCCUCGGCCUGGAAGCGUCCCUCUGCCUUUGCCGUUCGUCGUGAAGCCCAGGUGAAGAAGCUUAAGUUGCCUCUUUUCCCCACCACCACCAUUGGUUCUUUCCCCCAGACCAAGGAAAUCCGUGUUGCGCGUCAAAAGUUCAACAAGGGUGAACUUGCCGAAGAUAAAUACAACGAAUUCAUCAAGGCUGAAAUGAAGCGUGCCGUCGAAUUCCAAGAAAAGGUCGGUCUCGAUGUCUUUGUCCACGGCGAACCCGAACGUAACGACAUGGUCGAACAUUUUGGUCACUUGUUGCACGGUUACGCUUUCACCGAAAACGGCUGGGUUGUCUCUUACGGUUCUCGCUGCGUCAAGCCCCCGGUUAUCUUUGGUGAUGUCUCUCGCAGACGCCCCAUGACCAUUGACGAAAUCGUCUAUGCCCAAUCUUUGACCCAGAAGCCCAUGAAGGGUAUGUUGACCGGUCCCGUUACCAUGAUGAAGUGGUCCUUUGUCCGUGACGAUAUCCCCGCCAAGGAUCUCUGUGCUCAAAUUGGUCUUGCCCUCCGUGACGAAGUCGUUGACUUGGAAGCUGCCGGUAUCCCCUGUAUCCAGGUCGAUGAGCCCGCUAUCCGUGAAGGUCUUCCCAUCCGUCGUGCUGAUUGGGAUGCUUACCUUGACUGGUCCGUUGCUUGCUUCCGUCUCUCCACCGCCGGUGUCCGUGACGAAACUCAGAUCCACACUCACAUGUGCUACUCUGACUUUAACGAUAUCUUUGACGCUAUCGCCGCUUUGGAUGCUGAUGUUAUCACCAUUGAAAACUCCAAGUCUGAUGAAAAGUUGUUGAACAUCUUCGAAACCAAGCAGUACACCAACGAAAUCGGCCCCGGUCUUUAUGAUAUCCAUUCUCCCCGUGUUCCUUCCGUUGAAGAAAUGAAGCAGCGUUUCGGCGAUAUGCUCAAGUACCUUCCUGCUCAUCUGUUGUGGGCUAACCCUGACUGUGGUCUCAAGUCCCGUGGCUGGCCCGAGGUUGAGGCUGCUUUGAUCAACAUGGUUGAAGUUGCCAAGUACUACCGUGCCCAGCACCAGCAGUAA